AUGAAUUCCAGCAGAAAAGACAGAUUGGAUCCCUGUGAAGCGGAAGCUAGGGCGGAACUUGAGAAUCCUCGCGGGCAACCAGCUGAGUAUGUUGACCAACGUCAGAAUCCAGAAUGGUGUAAAGCAAAAAUGGACAAAGCAAUGGAAAAGGCUAGGGGAAGAUGUGCUCGGAGCAGUGGUUUCCACUCACUUAUACAGCGUGGAUCGCAACUGCCUUUUAUUUAAGCACUGCAAUUGACGCAUGGACAGCUUAACUCUCGUGGAUCAUCUACCAUGACAUCACCGCAACAGGUAAACCAAGCUCUAUAUUAUCAGUCAGUCAGCCGGCUCAUCACAAUCACUAAUACAUAGUUGUUGACAAUAGCAAAACACUACCCGACUCCAACAAUAUAAAGAUCUACAUGAUCAAGAAAUGGCUAAAUCUCAAUUAGACAUGGAUAAUACGAACGUUAAUUGCAAAGAGUAUUUUGUCCAAGACGAAUGGGCAAAGUCACAACUUCGAAAGAUUGGUAAUACUUGUCCUAGAGGAUGUCGAUGGAUUAGGAUCGACGGUGGAUGUAGAUGUGGUCAAGGUUUUCAUUGGGCUACUGAUUUGAUGCUUAGUGAGGGAGAGGGAGGAAUUAUUACUACUUUGAGAGUUGUACCGAAGGAAUUUCCAAAUUGUGGUGAAGUAGUUAAAGCCGGCUCGCGUUAUGAUUAG